UCUUCCCGCCCGGAAGGGGCGUGGCUCUUCACAGGCGGCAAAUUGCAAGGAGACGCUGCCGCCUUCAUGCUGCCCGCGGACUGUUCGCGCCGGCUGGUGGCCGAGCUGCAGGGCUCCCUGGACGCCUGCGCACAGCGACAGCUGCAACUGGAGCAGAGCCUGCGCGUCUGUCGUGGGCUGCUGCAGGCCUGGGAACCAACCGGGACCUGGGCUUGGGAGCCACCUCCAGAGCCAGAAACUAAUGAAGAGGACCCCCUUCCAGCAUGCACACCCAGUCCACAAGACCUCAAAGAGUUGGAGUUUCUGACCCAGGCGCUGGAGAAGGCUGUUCGGGUUCGAAGAGGCAUCACUAAGGCUGGAGAAAGAAACAAGGCCCCCAGCCUGAAAUCUAGGUCCAUUGUCACCUCUCCUGGCACGACAGCCUCCACCCCACCCCAGUCUCCCGGCCAAGUUGGUGGCCAUGCUUCAGACACGAGACCCACCAAGGGCCUCCGCCAGACCACAGUGCCUGCCAAGGGCCGCCCUGAGCAUGCAUCGCUGAACCCACAGGGACUCCCUGAGGCCUCCAUGAACCCACAGUGCUGCCAAGAGGCCACCUGAGCGCGGCUGCCGUCCCAGUGCAGGAUAGGACCCAUGCUGGGAUAGGGUGAGCCCAGAUCUGGAGCGGGCCUCAGGAACCAGCAUAUGGCCUCAUUGGCUGCUCCUCAGGCCCCAGAAGCCUUCACACUCAAGGAGAAGACCUCAACAGGCACCUGCGGCUGCCUGCGAACAGGAAAGGCGGCUUCAGACUCGCCAAGGCCCAGCUCACCAGCUGGAAUAACCGUGUCCCUCUAUGGUUCCUGGGGCGCCCCAUGUGUGCACCCCAGCCUGUGGGUCCAGCUGAGUUCCAUGCAGACCAGUGAUUCCAUGGAUGCCGCUGCCGCCAAAACCCAGUUUCUCCAGAACGUACAGACAACUUCAGGCAGGUCCCAGCCCAGGCUCAGUGCUGCGGAAGUGGAGGCGGAGGCGAGGCGCCUGCAGAAGGCCUGUUCGCUGCUGAGACUGCGUGUGAGGGAGGAACUCUCGGCAGCCCCCAUGGACUGGAUGCAGGAGUACCGCUGCCUGCUCACGCUGGAGGGCCUGCAGGCCAUGGUGGGCCAGUGUCUGCAGAGGCUGCAGGAACUGCGUGCAGCGGUGGCGGAACAGCCACCAUUACCGUGUCCUGUGGGGAGGCCCCCCAGAGCCUUGCCGUCCUGUAGGGGCGGAGCGGAGCCUACGUGGAGCCCCCAGCUGCUUGUCUACUCCAGUACCCAGGAGCUGCAGACCCUGGCGGCCCUCAAGCUGCGAGUGGCCAUGCUGGACCAGCAGAUCCACUUGGAAAAGGUCCUGAUGGCUGAACUCCUCCCCCUGGUAAGUGCUGCACAGCCGGAGGGCCCAUCCUGGCUGACCCUGUGCCGGGCUGCGCACAGCCUGCUCUGCGAGGGAGGCGCACGUGUCCUCACCAUCCUGCGAGAUGAACCUGUGGACUGAGCCUUUCCCAUGCUGCAUCCACCAGGCCUCAGGACCACCUGGGCACUGGCCUGCCAGGGAGCAUCCCCUCAGCCCUGUUCAGAUGGGGUUUGGGGGUGUCUUCUCUGGCACUGUGCUUGGGGACCCAGAGAUGCCUGUGCUUCCCUGGGAGACCUGGUGAACUGGACCAGGUGGCCUCAGUGGCUCUUCUCAGGACAACUAAGCCUGCUGGUCAGGGCUGACUUUCAGCCUUCCCAAGGCUCCUGGACUCCAGAGGCCAGCAGGGAGCCUUUCCUGGCUCCCUCUGUUUUCUCUCAGUGUAAACCAAAGAGCUGCUUGUGUGGUAUUAAAGCCACUUUAGAAAGCA